UCUUCUACAUCACGAUUCAAUUCAAGCUCCAUAUCCAUCCCCUGUUUCCAAAGUAUUAAUUCAAAGAAAAAGAAAGUAAAAGAAAGGUUCUUUGAUGCAUUGGGAUGCUCUGAUUGAUUCAAAGAUUUAAAGUAAAAAGCUUUGUUUGGGAAAUUUUUUGAGUAAAUGGGUGUUGGGCUUCAUGGAUUAUGUGGUCUAAGCCUCUGCUUUUCAUCUUGGAAAAUCAAAAGGUGGAAAUUUUGAUUGCCAUGUUAGUUUUCUGGUGCAAAGUGUGAACUUUUUUCUAUGAGAAAUACGUCUGUAUGAUCAUGAAGUGGUUAUUGAUUUACAAAUAAAGGCUAUUGAUUUACCCGUUGGUGGUGGUGUUGGUGAUUGAAGAUUUUGGAGUGUGUUGAGGCAAUAUGAGGAGUAAGAAUAGGGUCAGAAAGCAGAGGAGGGGUGAGAUCAGGGGGAAGCUCGGGAAGAUUAUGAAGUGUAUCUGCUCCGGGGAGCAGUCCGGAGCACUGGAUGAAAUGGUUCCUUCAUCAGAGUCACUUGCAACCAAGGAUUAUUUACAAACUGCGAGUUCGUCUAGAGGUGGUGAGUUUGAAAAGAAGCUGGAUACAGGAAAUAUAGAAGAAGCUGAAUCAUCUCUACGUGAGAGUGGUUGUUUAAACUAUGAGGAAGCAAGAGCGUUGUUAGGAAGAUAUGAAUAUCAAAAGGGAAACAUAGAAGCAGCUCUUCAUGUAUUUGAAGGGAUAGAUAUUACUGCAGUGACUCCCAAGAUAAAACUCACCCUUGCUAGAAGAGGGGAACGGCAUAGGAGACAUUCUCGAAGUUAUGCUACCCAACCUAUGUCUAUACAUGCUGCUAGCUUACUGUUGGAAGCAGUGUUUCUCAAAGCAAAAUCAUUGCAGGGUCUUGGGAGGUUUAAAGAAGCUGCUGAGUCUUGCAAAGUUAUUCUGGACAUAGUUGAAUCUUCAUUACCAGAAGGCUUGCCUGAAAACUUUGGUGCUGACUGUAAAUUGCAGGAGACUCUAAUCAAGGCUGUCGAGUUACUUCCGGAAUUAUGGAAACUUGCUGAUUCUCCAAAUGAAGCAAUUUUGUCAUACAGGCGGGCACUCCUCUAUCCUUGGAAUCUUGAUGCAGCAAGUAUAGCAAAAAUCCAAAAAGAUUUUGCCAUAAUUCUUCUGUACAGUGGAGGUGAAGCAAGCCCCCCAAAUCUCCGAUCUCAAAUGGACAGAUCGUUUGUCCCCAGAAACAAUAUAGAAGAAGCUAUACUCCUGUUUAUGAUACUAUUAAGAAAAGUUUCUCUCAAGAGAAUCGAGUGGGAUCCAUCGAUCCUGGAUCACCUUUCAUUUGCUCUAUCUGUGGCAGGAGAUUUGCAGGCUUUAGCUAAUCAAGUAGAAGAAUUGCUUCCUGGAAUCAUUCUUCGAAAAGACAGGUACCAUACUCUGGCUCUUUGUUAUUAUGGGGCAGGGGAGGACUUGGUUGCUUUGAAUCUACUUAGAAAAUUGUUGGGUCACAGUGAGGAUCCAAAAUGUGUUCCGGCUUUAUUGAUGGCAUCAAAGAUUUGUGGGGAAAAUGCUAAUCUUGCUGAAGAAGGGAUAAGGUUUGCUUGGAAAGCUUGUGAGAGUUUGGAUGGUGGAUGCUAUCAAUUGGAAAGCAUUGCCAAUUUUUUAUUAGGUGUCUCGCUUUCAGCACAUUCGAAAUCUGCUGUUGCUGAUUCAGAGAGGGUAACAAGAGAAUGUGAGGCAGUUCAGGCUCUGGAAACUGCUGGCAGAAUGACAAGAAUGAGUGACCCCAAUAUUCUUUACCAUCUCAGCCUGGAAAAUGCUGACCAAAGGAAGUUGGAUGCUGCACUUUAUUAUGCCAAGCGCUUGCUGAAAUUGGAAGGUGGGUCUAAUAUCAAAGGGUGGUUAUUACUGGCCCGGAUAUUAUCAGCUCAAAAACGGUUUAUGGAUGCUGAAACUGUUAUUAAUGCUGCACUGGAUCAGACUGGAAAAUGGGAUCAGGGAGAACUGUUGCGGACCAAAGCUAAACUUCAAAUUGCACAGGGUCUGUUAAAAAGUGCCAUUGAUACAUACACCCAACUUCUUGCUGUUCUUCAAAUUCAGAGUAAAAGCUUUGUUUCGGGGAAGAAGCUUCUCAAGAGAAGCAGAACUCAAGCUAAGAGUUUGGAAUUGGAAGUAUGGCAUGAUCUUGCUUAUGUCUACAUAAGUCUGUCGCAGUGGCGUGAUGCUGAGAUUUGUCUUUCCAAAUCUGAGGUCAUCUGUUAUUACUCUGCUGAUAGAUGUCAUGCCACAGGCAUACUUUAUGAAGGAAAGGGCCUCUACAAGGCAGCUCUAAAAGCUUUCAUAUAUGCUUUGGAUAUUGAUCCCACCCAUGUUCCAAGCUUGGUAUCCACAUCUGUGGGUCUUAGACAGCUUGGUAACCAAUCACAUGCAGUUGUGCGAAGCUUACUGACGAACGCGUUGCGGCUCGACAGAAUGAACCAUUCUGCGUGGUAUAAUCUCGGUUUAUUUUAUAAAGCCAAGGAUACUGCAUCAUCAUCUCUAGAAGCUGCUGAAUGUUUUGAGACUGCAGCAUUUCUUGAAGAGACUGCACCAGUUGAACCCUUCAGAUUACCAGUUCCAGUAUGUACAAGUGAAAAGCAAUAAAAGAGAGAGUUCAGUUUCUGAGGUUGAGUUACAGCAUUGAGACUCCAUAAAAGCUGGUGAGGAUUAGUGGAUAGGAAACAGAGGGACCAACCCAAUUACUUGCAUGGAACAGGAAGCUUUUGAAGCCUCAACAACUCACAUGGGUGUACUUGGUUGACAACGUUUGUGAUCCUCAAAAUGAAUGCUAUAUGUUUUGUUGCUUUACUGUAGGAACUAGGAAGGAGUCGUUAUUACAUUCCAUAACCAGGUAAAUCAAGUGCAAGUUUUGUCAGGUU